AUACCUGGCUUAUUCGUGUUUGCUCUCAUUUUCAGCCCCAGCAAAUUUUUGCAUUUUUUGGAUGAAUUAAAAUUAAUUGUAGCUUCGCUAUGACUUCAUUGGAGGCAGAUACGGUGCUGUACAGCAUUUUGGCUUUAGUUAUUGUGGAAAAUGUUCUGGAGAUAUAUAUUGCAUUGAGACAGGUGAAAGUCUAUCGCAAUGCAUUGAAAGUACCCGGGGAGCUCACCUCCCAUAUGAGUGACACAACAUUCCAUAAGGCGCGAAAAUAUGGCCAGGAUCAGGAGAAUUUUGGCAUUUUCAAGGCAUUGCUGAUGGAUGUUCUAUUGCUUUGUGUGGAAUUGUAUAUAGGAUUGAUUGCCAUACUGUGGCAACACUCAUUGGACAUUGUCAACUAUUUGCAAUGGGAUGUGAGCAACGAGAUUGUGGUUAGCUGCGUCUUUGUGGUCAUCUCGAAUGUGUUGAGCACAUUCAAGGCUCUGCCCUUUAAGAUUUACAAGACCUUUGUACUGGAGGAGACGCACGGAUUCAAUAAGCAGACAGGCGGAUUCUUUGCCUGGGAUCAGUUGAAAGGCUUCCUUGUCACGCAAGUUUUAAUGGUUCCCAUCACCGCGGCCAUUAUUUUCAUAGUCCAGCGUGGUGGUGAUAAUUUCUUCAUCUGGCUGUGGUUAUUCACGGGCAUACUUUCCCUGGUAUUGCUCACCGUUUAUCCCAUCUUUAUUGCACCGCUCUUCGAUAAGUACACGCCAUUGGAAGCGGGACCACUGAGACAGUCUAUUGAAGAUUUGGCAGCCUCCCUCAAGUUUCCCCUUACAAAACUUUAUGUAGUCGAGGGCUCGAAACGUUCUUCGCACAGCAAUGCCUAUUUCUAUGGCCUGUGGAACUCAAAGAGAAUUGUCCUAUUCGAUACCCUGCUCCUCAACAAGGGCAAAUCCGAUGACUCUGAGCUGUCAGAUGAUGAGAAGGGCAAGGGGUGCACAGAUCAAGAGGUUCUGGCCGUUCUGGGUCAUGAACUUGGCCACUGGAAAUUGGGUCAUGUGACCAAGAACAUUAUCAUUAUGCAGGUUCAUUUGCUGCUUAUGUUCCUGGUCUUUGGCUAUCUCUUCAAAUACGCACCAUUCUAUGAGGCAGUCGGUUUUGCGCCGGGCGUUCGUCCGAUUCUGGUGGGCCUGCUGAUUGUGUUCACCUAUGUGAUGGCUCCCUACAAUGCCAUCAUGAAUUUCGCCAUGACAAUUCUCUCGCGUCGCUAUGAAUAUCAGGCCGAUGAGUUUGCCUUCAAACUGGGAUUCGCCGAUCAACUGGGACAGGCAUUGAUCAAACUAAAUCUGGACAACUUGGGUUUUCCCGUCUACGAUUGGUUAUACUCCACCUGGAAUCACUCACAUCCCACUUUACUGCAACGUUUGGCACGUCUCGAAGAAUUGAAGGAGCAGAAGAAGUUAAAGUAGAUACUAAGAGCAGACCAAAGUAUAAUUAUUGUAUACUGUUCCCAUUUUUUAGUCCAAAUAAAGGAACACACACAAACACA